AGCGCCGGGCUGCCGACGAUCUCCGGGCCAGAAAGCCCAGCUGGGUGGCUCGCGAGAGGCUCACGGCGCUGCCAGGAGGUGACCCGGAGGACCAAGACUCCCGGACGACGAGGAACCGCCCAACAUGGCAUCGGAGAGUGGGAAGCUGUGGGGUGGCCGGUUUGUGGGAGCAGUGGACCCCAUCAUGGAGAAGUUCAACGCGUCCAUCGCCUAUGACCAGCACCUAUGGGAGGUGGACGUGCAGGGCAGCAAGGCCUACAGCCGGGGCCUGGAGAAGGCGGGGCUCCUCACCAAGGCUGAGAUGGACCAGAUACUCCAGGGCCUGGACAAGGUAGCUGAGGAGUGGGCCCAGGGUACCUUCAAACUAAACCCCAACGACGAGGACAUCCAUACAGCCAACGAGCGGCGUCUGAAGGAGCUCAUCGGUGAAACCGCAGGGAAGCUACACACAGGACGAAGCCGGAAUGACCAGGUAGUCACAGACCUCAGGCUGUGGAUGCGACGGAACUGCUCCACACUCUCUGCCCUCCUCUGGGAGCUCAUCAGAACCAUGGUGGAUCGGGCGGAGGCGGAAUGGGACGUCCUCUUCCCGGGGUACACACACCUGCAGAGGGCUCAGCCCAUCCGCUGGAGCCACUGGAUCCUGAGCCAUGCUGUGGCACUGACCAGAGACUCUGAGAGGCUGCUGGAGGUGCAGAAGAGGAUCAACGUCCUGCCUCUGGGGAGCGGGGCCAUUGCAGGCAAUCCUCUGGGUGUGGACCGGGAGCUGCUCCGAGCAGAGCUGAACUUUGGGUCCAUCACUCUCAACAGCAUGGAUGCCACCAGUGAGCGAGACUUUGUGGCUGAGUUCCUGUUCUGGGCUUCGCUGUGCAUGACCCACCUCAGCAGAAUGGCUGAGGAUCUCAUCCUCUACGGCACCAAGGAAUUCAACUUUGUGCAGCUCUCAGAUGCCUACAGCACCGGAAGCAGCCUGAUGCCCCAGAAGAAAAACCCAGACAGCCUGGAGCUGAUCCGGAGCAAGGCGGGGCGAGUGUUUGGGCGGUGUGCUGGGGUCCUGAUGACACUCAAGGGACUUCCAAGCACCUACAACAAGGACUUACAGGAGGACAAGGAAGCCGUGUUUGAAGUGUCAGACACCAUGAGCGCCGUCCUCCAGGUGGCCACUGGCGUCAUCUCUACGCUGCAGAUUCACCGUGAGAACAUGGCCCAGGCUCUUAGUCCUGACAUGCUGGCCACUGACCUUGCCUACUACCUAGUCCGCAAAGGGAUGCCGUUCCGCCAGGCCCAUGAGGCCUCCGGGAAAGCUGUGUUCAUGGCGGAGACCAAGGGGGUCGCCCUCAACCAGCUGUCGCUGCAGGAGCUCCAGACCAUCAGCCCCCUGUUCUCGGGCGACGUGAGCCACGUGUGGGACUACGGACACAGCGUGGAGCAGUACACCGCCCUGGGGGGCACCGCGCGCUCCAGCGUCGACUGGCAGAUCGGCCAAGUGCGAGCGCUCCUACGGGCACAGCAGGCCUAGAGUCCUCCCCGCCCCGCUCCCAAAUAAAGUGGGCCCGAGACGAGGCCCUGCGUGUUUCCCCCCAGCCUGUCUCCCUCAGCGGCGGGCUUUCAGGGAUCUGUUAAGCGGGCGGUGGGGGUCAUCAAGGAAGGGGAGGAACUGGGCUGGCAGAGCGAGAGUCACGGUAGGGAAGGGAGGAGGGGGCUCUCAUCAGAGCGCCUGCCCUGCGCAGGCCCCACCCCUCUGCUGCGGGGCAUCGCAGUGAUAUCCAUCGUCAGGGGCAUCUUGGGAGCCCUGGUGGGACAGGAUGGGCUUGGUUAACCCAGUCAGCCCCUGUCCAUCCCCCUUCUUUCCAGGCUCCUUCCCAGGCUCCCCUGCUCACAUCCUCCCCUUGCUUAAUCCACCCUUCCCUGGACCAUCAGGCACUAUUAGCAGGUGUCCUGUACCCUCAGAGGGGAGCGGUACAUUUGGUGGUAAAGUCAGUCACCCGGGUGGCUAGUGUGUGAUGCCAGGCACUAGGUGAGCUUCAUACACAGGUCAAGGAGACGUUUCCUCUCCCCUGGAGAGUAAUGUACAGACAAAUUCUCAGGCACUAACCCUGAGGCGAGGGCCACCGAUGGGGGUGGUGCAGAGGGGCCUGCCCAUGUGCAGUUCAAGGGAGGGACCCUCACACCGAGUCUGCAAAGAGCCUGAGGCCGGGCCUGGCAUGGGUUAAGUGUUCAGUAACAGUGAACCCCCAGAGCCAGCAGAGAUACAGAGACCUCUUGUACACAAAUCUCACCAAAAUCCUGAUAAUAAAACAAAUUGCAGACAUUUCUUAACGACAAAGAUAAACAAACCAAACACAAGGAAGUAUGAACAACACCUCCUAAGUGAUUAAGACUGUAAACUAAAGAACCAAAACUCCAGCAGCGGGGACACUACACCAAAUUCCCAAAAGGGUCAAAGCGAUGGGUCACAGGUGGAAUCUUCUAGAGUAGUGAUUCUCAAAGUGUGGUUCCUGACCACUAUCAUCAUCGUCUUCAAACUUGUUGAAAAGCAAAUUUUUAGUCCCCACCAAGACCUACUAAAUCAGAUUCCCCAUGGGGCCCAGCAAUCUGUUUUAACAAACCCUUCAGGUGAUCCUGAUGUGUGCUCAGGAUUUGCGAAUCACUGAUCUUGAGAACCUUGUUACACAAAGUUGCUGCAGACCAGCAACAUCUGCCUCAACUGGGUCCUGCCCUGACCUACUGAUUCAGAAUCUGCAUUUUAACAAACUCCCCGGGCAUCUCUUGUGCGCAUUUAGAGUUAGAAAUGCUGAUCUAUUGAUAAACAUCGAGGACUUACUGUCUAGCACAGGGGACUACAUUAAACAUCUUGUAAUAUCUUGUAGCAGUAAAGAAUCUGAAAAAAUACAUAUGUAUAUAACUAAAUCACUUUGCUGUACAUCUGAAACUAACACAAUAUUAUAAAUCAAUCCUGCUUCAAUAAAAAAGAAAACAUAAGUUUAAAAAAAACAGGGGGGUCAAACAGAAACAAAA